AUGCUGUCCGAGCUCCUGACAAGUAGCUACCUGCAGUACAAGGAAGACACCAAUGCAGUGGCAUCAUGGCUUGCAUCUACUGCCAAAAGGUGCGGCUAUGCGGUGGAUCAGUUGACACAAACCAGGAAGGAGAAACCCAGCGGCAGGCUGAAGGGGAAAGCAAGGAAACAGGCAAAGUCCCAGAAAGGCCCAGCUACGCCGACAUAUACGAUUGCGAUAAAAGACUUUGUCAGUCUUGCUGAGUGGAUUGCCCAUGACCAUCGCCCGCCAAUCCAUGUCCCCUCCAGUUUCGUCACAGCUCCGGAGCGAGCCAUUCAUACGCGACGUCGUCAUGGCGACUAUCUUGCUCAUAAAAGUAAGAGUGCAGAGGACAGCCAUGCGUAUUUUAUCGGAAUCCUAGAACAUGUUCGUGAAACCCUACGGCCUCGAUUUCCACGGGAGUACUUGGGCGCUGGAGAUGAUGACAGCAAGAAGAUCAAGAUUAAUAGGUUUGAGGGAUUGGAAGUACAAGAACCAUCAAAGGAUUUCUUGCAGAUGCGAGACCUUCCAACGGCCGUGCCCACGUCGUCAUUGGGAUCGGAAGCCAACUAUCAAGCAGAACAAAUGAAGGAUCUCGACGAAGCAUUCACCGCGUUCAGUCUUCUCCUCGACGAUUAUCAUACGUUCCGCUCACUGAUCCACCGAACAUGGGCAGGUCAUCGGAAGGGCCAGUAUGACUUGGUGGCGGCCUCCUUGAUGACCAAUACUGCCUUGGAUCUUGCCCGGCGUCUUGAGGAUGAUGCGAAGCUCCUUUUUGAUCAGUUUGGUGGACCCAAGCAGAUGUUGACAGCUAUGUAUUUGGCUCUGUGCUCUGAGAAAGGUGAAGACCAAGCCUUCAGGGAACAUCCUGGGGAUGAUAUGAAUUUUCGCAUGUGGGGAGUCUCCUCUGGCACCUUCUGGCCCGUCUACCAGCUCCUCCAGUCGUUUGUCCCGAUGGUAGAUGCGCAACAUGUCCCGCAGUACAAGCCGUGCUUUUACGGCCAAUAUGAUCCUACCAGCGAUCGGACAAAAAUGACUGCCCGGGAAAAGUUCACGGAAGACAAAGUCAUCCUGACAGAGCAUCUCGGAGAGUUCGCAUUGCUCUGUAUGAGAGUCCCAAAAAUGGUAGCCGAAGACGAACUCACCCGUGGCUUGCGUAUAGCAUUCAGGACACAUGAAAUCCCCCUUGCCGUGACUUUUGCCACCCAGGUCUACCUCGAUAUUCAUCAUGUCUUGCGGGAAGAUAUAACUCGCGGAUACGCUGAUUUAGAGACCACGGCCCGUCAGGUGUCCAAUUCAAUCGAGCUCAAUUUUGAACGUCACAAGUCCCUUCGCGUAGAGACAUGGCCGCCGUCGAAUGACCUUCUGUUCAAGAAUAUCCAACAGACUAUCGAUUAUUGGGUUAGGUAUGAUCCCCUCAUAAAAGCGAAGGAAAAGCUGAACCGUCCACUUUCAAAGCCUUUUAAACUCUGGCGCUCGUAUCCUCUCUUUUGUGGAUUGAUUACAUAUCAUAUCAAAAUCAAGUUUCAAGAAGCCAGUGUCGCCUUCGUGAACGCAUAG